UCCCCAUGUCCUAGUGGACAAGGGCUGCGGCUGCUGCAGUGGCAGUUUGUGCAGGCAAUGAGAUCAGAGGCAGCUUUCCUCUAGCGGGAUUACACUGCUGACAUGAUAAGAGAGCCAGGCCCAAGGUUCCGGCUACUACUGCACAGGCAGAUAGGACAGCAGGCCAUACAUCUGGUUGACAUCAAACGUGGCAGUUAAAAGACAAGCCUAAACCUCUUCUUUAAGCAAGUAAUUUCUGUUGCAGGCGAACUUUUUUUUGCAUCUGCAAUAGAAUCUCUUUUGUUGUUGCGCUUUUGCUUAUGAAGUAGCUAACAAUAACUGACAGGACAGAAAGAAUUCUUGCAGAAGACCUCUCCCUUCUGCGUCUCCUUUCCACUGCACAUGGAUACCACUGACCUGGCCAUAACUGCAGAACUUUAACCAGUCUGCGUGCCUGGACAUGUUGUAGUGCACACGUACAGACAGCACACUGAUAGAGAAGCCUGCCCUAUGUUAUUCUCCCCUCUGAUGCCUCAGGCUUUAGGUAUUGAUAAAAGUCCUGUCUGCCAAGGAGCACUCGCCCGCAGUUCAUCUUAGGGAGAGGCUUGUCUGAAUGCUGUUCAGAACACUGCUUAAACUUUCAGGACUUUGACAUGGUCUGAAGAACUGACUCUGGAGGAGGUUAUUUUUCUCCAUCCACAGCAGAGGGAGGCCGAGGAAACAUGAUGGAUAAGAUGCUUAAGAAACCCUCCAUCAUGAAAAGUGCUGUGACUCUGUCUAGCAGGCAUACUGCAGCAGGCUUGGAAAGGAGAAACGACAGGAAAACUGAACUACAAAAAAAGCAGAAAUGUACUACACAGCUUCUAAUGGUCCAAGAAACUGGAUAUAGCAUGGCAGAAAGUGACAUGAAGGUCUGUGAAAAAGCCACUUGCAUCUGGAAAGGAUGCCAAGAAGAGAUGCAGAAUGAGUUCAGAGCUGUUACCAUCAUGAAGCCAUCAGUGACAUUGGAGCCAGAACUGAGGCUUCAUAUUACUGGUUUGCAUGAUGAUUACUAUCUAAACAUACUGGACUGGAACCUUGAAAAUCUCAUUGCUGUUGCUCUGGGAUCUGCUGCAUAUAUUUGGAAUGGAAGAACUCUUCAAGGCAUUGAAAGCAUUGGUUUAAAUUCCAGUUCCAAAUACAUUUCAUCUCUAGCUUGGAUAAAAGAGGGAACUUGCCUUGCUGUUGGCACUAGUGAUGGAGAAGUGCAACUGUGGGACAUUGAAAGGAAAAGAAGGUUGAGAAAUAUGUUUGGCCACCUGUCUGUAGUUGGAGCUCUGAGCUGGAAUCAUUAUAUUCUGAGCAGUGGUUCAAGACUGGGGUCUGUUCAUCACCAUGAUGUUCGAGUGGCUCAGCAUCACGUUGGUACUCUUUGCCAAAACAAACAAAGCAUUUGCAGCCUCAAAUGGUCAUUAACCAAUCAGUUGCUCGCAAGUGGGUCUAGUGAUGGUACACUGAAUAUCUGGCACAGUGAUCCUGGUGUGAAAGUGCAGACACAGCCACUGAAAACCAUUCCUCAUUCUUCAGCAGUUAAGGCUAUGAACUGGUGUCCUUGGCAGUCCAAUGUCCUUGCUACAGGGGGUGGAAUGAAAGAUGGGAUUUUGCGUGUCUGGGACAUAAACAGUGAGAAACUCCUCCAGAGUGCAGCUACAGAUUCUCAGAUUUGUUCAUUGCUCUGGUUACCCAAAACCAGUGAACUGAUGACUGGACAAGGCCUUCCUGGAAAUCAGAUGAAAAUAUGGAAGCAUCCAGCACUUAUCAAUUCAUCAGAACUCUAUGGUCAUAAAAGGAGAGUCCUGCAUAUAGCCUUAAGCCCAGAUCAGAGGAGGCUCCUUUCGGUCGCUGCUGAUGGGAUAGCUUGUCUGUGGAAAUGCCAUGAGUAUGAAGAGAACAAUGAAAAAAAAGAAAGUUUUUUUUCUAAUGAUUAUUAGAGCUCAUUCUUUUGACUUAUUUUCCUUGAAAGCAAAUGAUUUUAUGUAUUUCACUCAUUCAGUAAUUCAAAAUAUGUGUAUUCCUUCCAACUGAAACAUGGCAAAAGAUAGUGUCAUUCUUUCAAGAGUAAAGCAAUUUUCUCCAUUUAGUCCAUUAUAUGAAAUGUUAGUAGCUUGUCUUACUUAGCCUAGAGGGAAAAAAUUCUAACUCUUUCAAACAAAUCAUUUUUGUUUUCAUUAAACUAGCAAGCGUGGAUGGAAUCCAGCCCAUGCCAACAUAAGGUCUUAGGUCCUGUUUUUAGCUAUGAUUCUUGUAAUUCUACAUGGUCUGCGUCUGUAUUGGAAUCCAAAUGCCAGGCUGUUUAAAUUGCAUUGAAUCUGUCAAGGGCUGGGGUCAGUAGGUACCAGUCAAGGGACUGGAUUGUUCCGUAUAUCACAAAGCUCAUAGUACAGAAUCCGACAAAACAUUUCUGGAGAUCAUAGCAAACAUGAUGCUAAAUAAAAAUAAAUGAUUUCUUGACAAUUCUUCAGCAUUUCUGUCAUAGCAAUGAUAAUUAACUUUAUUAGCUAAAUAAGCUGUAUCAAGUUCAGAAUUUUUUCCUUAUAUGCACUCACUGUGUUUGUCAAAUGUUUGAAAUACAAAUAACUGCAUAAUAAUUCUAUUAAUAUCCAGAGUUUUGUAAUCAACUUGUCAAUAAACCAGACAGGCAUAGUCAGAGAAGCGCAGCAGUUAGUUUUUUAUCCCUUAAGGGUAGCAAUUUAGUUCUGGGUGUCCACAGAUCUGGCAGCUGUCACCCUUGUAUGAAUUUUACCUAAUGCCACACCUCUUGCACUUUAAUUGGAGUUUUCUGUAAAAUACCUAUGUACUGUCAACAGCUAAGAAAGAAUGUCAGAUUUGAUCUUCAGAUGCUACUCAAAUACAAUUCCAAACCAUAUUUUAGCCAUAAGUGUCUCUGGAACUUUGAUUUCAUUAUUGGGAAUGAAGAAAGGCAAGGAUUCACUCUUGCAUUUGUCUUAAAAGCCUCGUGAGUUCAGAAGCUCAUUAGGGUUUUUUCCCAGUUGAAAUGUAUUUAGUGUCUUUCCUGUAGCUGAACAGUGAGAAAAUGGGAUAUAAGGGGGGUAGAUCAAUGUCAAUGGAAAAAUAAGCUGUUGGUCAAAUGUUUGAAAAGAGAAGCAACAUUAACUGGCGCACAGGCAUCUCAGGAAAUGAAUGUGAAACUCUCUUGUCUUUAGUUCUCAUCAUUUUAAAAGCCUUAUCUGAUAUUUGUAAGUCACAUGAUCACUAAUUUUAGGUCUGGCAGGUUGAGACCACUCAUCUUUUUUACCUGACAAGUUACUAAUUUACAAUAAAUCUGCCACCAAGUUAACCCUUCUGUGGUCACCUUGUGUCAUCUUCGGAAAAGGCUAGAAAAUGAGAACAGCAAUCAUCAAUUUUGAAAUUACUAUGAAGAAGCUGAUGCCUAAGAAUGGGAGAUAACUUACACUGAGCCUGUCUCCUAACAUAUCUUGUAAUAUUUGACCAAUUAUUUAACUUAAAUUAAUUAAAAUAGACCAACUUAAAUAUUCAAAAUAGUGUUUUACACAAUUUUAAAGGUUGGUUUUGUUUUGUUUUGUUUUGUUUUGUUUUAGUGAUAAAAAAGCAUUUUCUCUCUUUUCACUGGGAGAAAAGCUGUGGAAUUCUGUAGAGUUCUUUACUCAUGUAUUUCAGGAAUUGCCCCAGAAAUUCUUUUUGUUCUUGGAUGGUACAUAAAUGUUGGUUUGCCAAAUAAAAGAAAAGAGGGUGGAGGACUGUGGUGGAGAAGGAACUAAUCAACACUGCAGUUAGGUGUAUUUUGUUGGAUGUUUAUCUGUUGAAAUAAAAACCAAAAUACAAAAAACAAAAAACACUUAUUUUUAAACUGAGAAUUGUUUAGUACUUAAUUGUCCAAGUUCAUUAUUGAGUUGUGAAGCUGUAUUGGCCCCAGAAGUAUUUCAACACAAUAUCUGACAGAGAGAGAAGUUGCUUAUUUCUGCAGGACUAGCCAAUAGCCCAUGAAAUUCUGUGUGCACUGUAGCCCUGUUUUGUGACCACAUCUGAGAAAACAUUUAAACAUAUAUUUAAAUUCCAGUCUGUGUUUAAUCUGUAGUCAAAUUAAACAUAUACUUACAUGCCUUUUCUAGUCAGUUUCUUCCAUAUGACCAGCAUCUAUCUUUCCUAUCAGGAAUUUGAGGACUUGAGAGGCAUGCUUCUGCUUCACUGAGCUUUAUAGGUACUGUUACUGAAUAUUUGCAGACAUAGAGAGUACAACUGCUGAAAAUCAAUUAAUGUUCAUGUGUAGUUGCCUCAUUCUGCCUGUGCUAAGGUCUUAAUAUAUGAGGGACUGGGCAAAAUGUGAGGUCUUGACAUCCUCCUUGUAUAACAUGGUGUAUUUUUGUCUUAUUCUGUGCAACAUGCCUAGUCUAUGGUUCACAGAAUCACAGAAUUUCUGAGGUAGGCAAAGGCCUCUGGGUGUAUGUGCUCCAAUUCUACAUAAGCAAGGCUGCCAGAGCAGGGUCCAUAGAACAGUGUCCAAGCAGCUUUUGAAGAUGUCCAAGGAGGAGACCUCACAGUCUCUCUGGGUAGCCUGUACCAGUUCUCCAUGACCUGCAUUAUUUAUCUGCAUUAAGCAGAUAAAUAAUGAUGUUCAGAAGGAACUUCUGGUGUUUCAGUUUGUGCCCAUUGCCUCUUGUCCAGGCACUGGCAUGCUGAAAGGAGCCCAAUUUCAUCCUCUUCGUACCCUCUUUUCAGGUAUUUAUAGACAUUGGUGACAUCCCCUGAGCCUUCUAUUCUCUGGAAAGAGCAGUCCCAGUUCUCUCGCUUCAUAGGAAAAUUGCUGCACACCCUUCUCGUCUUGAUGGCCCUCCAUUGGACUACCGUAGUGUAGGACAGCACUGGACACAGCAUUCCAGAGGUGAUCUCACCAAUGUUGAGUUAAUGGGAAGGAUCCCCUCUCUUUUCCUGUUGGUGAUGCUUUGCCUGAUGCUGACUCCGUUUCAGACCCAGACUAGUUUCGGACAAUGAUCAGAAUCAGAACAAAAAUCAUUUUUAGAAGAGGAAAAAAUUCACUGACAAUAUAAUGAAGUGGUUAUCUGAAUAUGAUGCAGUAAAAUAGACUAUAGAAACUUCUAUUUGGAAAUGCCUUUGUUCUGCACAUAAAUGGACUCCUGAGGCUACACAGUCUGACGAUGCUACUCAGAUAAAUAUUACAUUGCUUUACUUAAUAUGCCGUAUUUGCUUUACUUAUAUGCUGUAUAAACAUAAACCUGUUCACUUCCUGGUUCACAGUGAGUAGACAUCGCAUCCUAGGUGUCAAAAUGUUACUGACUGAUGUUCACACUUAAUCUAGCUGAUACAUGUGAUCUUAAUUGCUACUGAGAUUCUCUGUUACCUAAACUUACAUGGACUCCCUCCAGUAGUGCUGGAGCUGUAUUCAGCUUCGCUGGUUGUGACUUCCAGAAUUGGACAGAGGAAGCAAUAAGAUGAAAAUGCGAUAGCAGAAUGGAAGUUGGACAAGGAGUAAAGUAAUAAAGUAAGCCUAAUCAGUGGGGAGAGUGAAGUAGCCCUGGAUGAUUGAUUGUUUUGAAGAUCAGCUGCAGAUUUUUCACGAGACUUAUAAAUACUUAGUAUUUUCUGAAGGAUUUUACAAUCAAUUCUUCCCAAACUAAGGAUUUGGUAGUUUGCAUGACAAGGGAAUAGAAUAGAAUACUCAUUUUCUAGGUGUUUAAAACAGAAAUAAAAUCACCACUUUGGGUGUUAGUAGGUCAGUGAGCCAGCUGUCCUGUUAGUUUCGCUGAUGCAGUCUUUACUGGCCAAGAAUCCUCCUCUCUGCUUUCCUUUGCUUCUGUGCUUGUGCUCCUUUGCUUGUGCUUGUGCACUUGUUUGUGUGUUCAGUCCGUAACUUAAACAUAUGCAAUUACUCUUUAGAAAUAACAAUCAGGAAUGUUAAAAGUUCUGACUGUGUAACAUCUGUAAUGGACAGAAAAUAUUAAAAAUGUUCAGCAUCAAAACUUUCAAUAAGGAUCCAGUAGACUGGGCCCUCCUCAGUAACUGGAUAUCAGAAGAAAA